CACACAUACGUCAGCGGAAUACGAAGAGAAACUGAUUAUUUUCACGAGGAACUAGAGUCUCUUUGAGAGAAAUCCAAUUUCGGCCUUAGUUAUGGUCAAGGAGACGACACUUUACGAAACUCUUGGCGUAGAUCCGUCUGCUACCCCUAGUGAAAUUAAGAAAGCUUAUCGUAAACUCGCCUUGAAGUAUCAUCCGGAUAAAAAUCCAGAUGCCGGCGACAAAUUUAAGCAGAUUUCCCAUGCCUAUGAAGUAUUGUCCGAUGAAAAGAAAAGAAGCAUUUAUGAUGAAGGAGGAGAAGAAGCUCUUAAUGGUGGUCCGGACAUCGGUGGGUUCCAUUCCCCAAUGGAUAUUUUUGACAUGUUCUUUGGCACAGGGCAUGGACAUUCCAGAGCACGUCAAGAACGUAAAGGAAAGGAUAUGAUACACCAGCUCAAGGUGUCCUUGGAAGACAUGUACAAUGGUUCUACAAGACAACUUGCUUUGCAAAAAAAUGUCAUCUGUAGCAAGUGCGAGGGAAGAGGAGGAAAGAAGGGUUCAGUUGUAAGUUGUAAUACUUGUCAUGGCAGUGGGACCAGGAUCAGGAUCAAUCAAAUUGCACUCGGGAUGGUUCAGCAAAUUCAAACACAAUGUAGGGACUGCGGUGGAACAGGAGAGAGAAUAGCAGAAAAGGAUCGUUGCAAGAACUGUCAGGGUAAAAAGACAAUCAAAGAACGUAAAAUCCUGGAGGUGCAUAUCGACAAAGGAAUGAAAGAUGGUCAAAAGAUCACAUUUUCCUCAGAGGGAGACCAGGAACCUGGUAUUGAACCAGGUGACAUCAUUAUCAUUCUUGAUGAAAAGCCUCAUCCAGUUUUCCGGCGAGAUGACAUGGACCUGCAUAUGAAAAUGGAAAUCGAGCUGGUUGAGGCACUCUGUGGCUUUCAGAAAACGAUAGAAAUGUUGGAUAAGAGGCAACUGCUCGUUACGUCUCAUCCUACAGAGAUAAUAAAACCUGGCGAAGUGAAAUGUGUUCGAGAUGAAGGAAUGCCAAAAUUCAAGAGCCCAUACGAGAGAGGAUUUCUCAUCAUAACUUUUUCGAUAAACUUCCCUCCGGAUGGAUUUCUUUCUGCUGGUGAAAUCCCUAAACUAGAGCAGCUGCUACCUCCCAGAGACGAAAGUAUUGUUCCUGAGGAUGCAGAAGAAGUCGACCUUGUAAAAAUCGAUCCUCAGGAGCAAGCAAGAAGUCGUAUGCACCAUGGGGGCUUUCAUGACGAUGAUGAAGACUAUGGCCCACCAAGAGGAGGGGUGCAGUGUCAGUCACAGUAAAUUUUAACUCAAAAUUGUUCUCCAGUACACGCUUCAAUAUGAUAUUCCUCUGAUUUAAUAAAAAUGAAAACUUUCUCUUCUCUUGCUUUAGGCUAUAUGUAAGUAAGUAGUGUAACAGUGACCCGGACUAAAAAAUUGAUACGUCUGAUUAAUUUAAUAUUCACCGACAUGCAUUUUACGCUCUGUUUCGAUUAUUUUGUGUUUUUUCAUAGUGAUCAUUUUCCUCUUUGAAAAGUGAAAUGGUUUGUUUUCCAACAUGGCUUAAAAAUGGGUUGCUUUGUACAUUUCUGUUUGCAUUUGUUUUAUGCCGGCCAGGCUUACAGCUGUCCGAAUAGAACGCAGGAGAUACGCUCGAAGGAGGAGUCUGACCCCUUCCUGCGUGCCUUCUUGUUCGAAAUAUAACCCAGGCUCUCUCGUGCAUAUACCUUCGUGUUUCCGCAUGUCAGUCCAAAUCACUCGCGACAGCCUUAAAUUGGGAAGGUGCUGACGAAACUAAUUUUAUUUUUUAGUUCAUUUCCCGCCUUUCUCAGUUUGGAAGGGUAUUCUUCCUUAAAUUUGAGGGCUUUUACAUAACUUUUGUUCCUAUAUAAUACAAUAAUCACUAAAAAGUAAAUGAGGAUUCACAUCGUUUUUCAGAUAUGUUUUUCCUUUUUUUCUUUCAAACUUGCUCGUAACUUUCAUGUUAGUAUUAAAGGAGCAAUGAUGAUCAGAUUGAGGUAACUCCUAAUUCAGGCGAGGUCAUUUUUUGGCCUUUGUUUUGGAUACUGGAUCCUCGAACAUCUUUGAAAGAUAUCGAGAAAAAUCAUUUAAAUCUGAUUUUUUGAUGCACUAUGUUGAGUUCUGCUUAGAGUAGUUUAGGAAAUAAAAUUUCAUUUUCCAAGUAGUUAUAUGUAUUAUUUAUUUAGAUUACUGUCGUAAAUAGAAAUUUAAAAAGGCGAGGUUUCCUUAAAAUGGUUGUUGCAUGGGGCACCUUUCGGCGUGUACUUUGUAAUAUAUGAAAUAAAAAUAAAGUCAGUUUUGAAAUAACAAA